AUGUUAAACAGUGAAAGACAUGUCCAAACUCUGAAAGACUUAAGUGAGUUCAAAGAAGAAGAUGAAAAAGGCAUAGAUGUGCCCUUUUUUUAUUUGGAAAGCAUACUAAUUGCUACAAAUAACUUCUCAAAUGAAAACAAGCUUGGAGAAGGAGGUUAUGGACCUGUUUACAAGGAUAAACUUCCAAAUGGUCAAGCAAUUGCAGUAAAGAGGCUUUCAAGUGUCUCGAGUCAAGGUUUACAAGAAUUUAAGAACAAAGUGGUAUUGAUUGCAAGACUUCAGCAUCAAAACCUUGUUAGACUCUAUGGAUAUUGCAUAAAAGGGACUGAAAAAAUUUUACUUUAUGAGUACAUGCUGAAUAAAAGUUUAGACUUUUUCAUAUUUGGUUAG